AAUCAAAUUCCCACGCUUCACAGAUCUCACCAAGAGCAAGAGCUUCACACCGGAAAAUGUGGCAUUGAUUCACCCUCGCCACAGGGUUUAAGUCGGUGCACGGAUUCUGAAUUGGUACCGGCGAUUCUAGAUGGACGUGGAGAGAUCGUCGCUCUGCAAUUGCGUAGUCAAUUUCCUGCUUGAAGAGAAUUACUUGCUGUCGGCGUUCGAGCUUCUCCACGAGCUCCUCGAGGAUGGACGCGACAAUCACGCUAUUCGCCUCAAGGAAUUCUUCUCCGAUCCCACUCACUUUCCGCCCGAUCAGAUCUCCCGCUUCAACACUCUACGAGUGGCAGAUCCCCAGAGCCUAUUUGAAGAGAAGGAAUCAUUGGAAGAAAAGUUGGCUGUCCGGGAAUAUGAACUUCGUCUAGCUCAAGAAGACAUUGUUAACCUCAAAACUGAGUUGCUCAAGAAAGCUGAAACAACCUUGGAUGAAUCAAGAGAUCCGAAUGUUAACAAUACUACAGCAAAUAAUGGACCGGUUUCCGAACUGAUAAAAAGGGACACCUCUUCAUCAGAUUUGGGUCCUUUGAAGGAUAAUGAACGAUUGGAUAUCAAUUGUGCAGUGAAGGAGUAUCUAUUAUUGGCAGGAUACCGUUUAACUGCAAUGACAUUUUACGAGGAGGUCACUGACCAAAAUUUGGAUGUUUGGCAAAACUCGUCUGCAUGCGUACCAGAUGCAUUGCGACACUAUUAUUACCAGUAUCUUUCUUCAGCUAGAAAUGCUGCUGAGGAGAAAAUGGUGAUCCUUCAAGAAAAUGAAUCGUUGCUCAAAGAAAAUGAAAGGCUACAAAGUGAUAUGCAAUCGUUGUUGAAAGAAAAAGAAACGCCAGAUGCUCAAGUCAUGUCAUUGACAAAUUCUUUGGAAUUGCUCCAAAAAGAUAUAAAGGAAAAAACAAAUACAGUCCAAGCUCUGAAGAAAACUUUGAAAAGUCAGAAAAAAGAACUAGAUGAUUGUAGAGCUGAAAUAACUUCACUGAAAAUGCUUAUUGAAAGAGCUCGAUCUGGAAACAUUCUGUUGCAAGCAGACUCUGAACCUGCUCAUUCUGCAAGGAGCAAUAACGAUGAUAUGAGACCUCUUCCAAAUGAAGUAGAUAUGUCAAAAUCCAACACUUCUUUGAAUACGGGCCUUGAGUCAUUGAGGACAGAUGUAGGGAUAAUGGGGGAAGUGGACAUUGUUAAAGAGGCACAAGUCAAUGAUAAGGAAACAUCUGCAGAUGGUUCAUUGGCUGUUUUAACUGUUGCAGAUACUGACAUGACAGGGAAACAGAAAUCUGAUGAUGCAAUUAGCAUAACUGAUACAAUUCCAGAAGACUUAUUAACUCCUCAAUGUGAAAGUGGAUUUGUUGGAACACCUUCCCUAGGAAAAGAUAAACUUGUGAUAAUGUCUCCCAAACUUGAUGCUGAAUUACAUACUGAAAAGAUGGGAGUGGGAACCAUACAGAUAUUAUCAAAUGCUUUGCCUAAAAUCGUGCCUUAUGUUCUAAUCAACCAUCGAGAGGAGCUUCUUCCUCUGAUUAUGUGUGCAAUCGAGCGUCAUCCGGAUAGUGCAACACGAGACUCCUUGACUCACACGUUGUUUAAUCUGAUAAAGCGCCCUGAUGAGCAGCAGAGACGGAUUAUAAUGGAUGCUUGUGUUACUCUUGCCAAGAAUGUAGGGGAGUUGAGAACCGAAACAGAAUUGCUGCCCCAGUGUUGGGAACAAAUUAGUCACAUGUACGAGGAGCGUAGACUGCUUGUUGCUCAAUCAUGUGGUGAACUUGCAGAAUUUGUAAGGCCUGAGAUACGUGAUUCACUCAUCUUGUCCAUAGUUCAACAGCUCAUGGAGGAUUCUGCUACAGUUGUCAGGGAGGCUGCAGCUCUUAACCUGGCUUUGUUGCUGGCACUCUUCCCAAAUACAGACAAAUAUUUCAAGGUUGAGGAGAUGAUGUUUCAGUUGGUUUGUGAUCCCUCUGGUAUAGUUGUUGACACUACAAAAAAGGUUUUGGUUCCGGCACUCAUAAAUUGGGGAAACAAGCUGGACCACAUUCUACAAGUUUUGCACUCUCACAUGUUGGGAUCUGCUCAGCGUUGCCCUCCUCUUUCAGGGGUUGAGGGUUCCAUUGAGUCACAACUUCAUGUUUUAGGUGAAAGAGAACGUUGGCACAUUGAUGUUCUAUUGAGGCUGCUUGCUGAACUACUUCCGUAUGUGUACAAGAAAGUUGUUGAGACUUGUCCUUUCUCUUCAGAUUCAGAUUCUACAGGAAUCUCUUUCACGCCAUCUUUGCUCGAACAAUAUGCAGAGGGACAAGUGGAAUGGCCAGCCUUUGAUUGGUUGCUUACUGAGUGCUUUCCUAAUUUGAUUCAGUUGUGCUCAUUAUUGCCUCAGAAGGAAGAUAAUUUAAGAAUCCAUGUUACGAAGUUUUUGCGCGAAGUGGUUGAUCAUUUUGGUGAACCUUAUUUGACGCACAUCCUGCUGCCAUUGUUUUUAGUGGCUGUUGGAGAUGAUGCUGAUUUUAAAUCGUUCCCACCUAAGGCCAGGUCUAAAAUUAGAGGUUUGACACCUAAAUCUGCAUUUGCUCAGAGACUUGCUACAAUGUGCGUCCUACCGCUUCUCCUGGCAGGCAUUCUAGGACAACCAAGCAAGCGUGCCAGCCUAACAGUGUACUUAAGGAAUCUUCUGAUUCAAAGAUCUAGGGAGAAUAGUCUGCCUGCAAAUCACGAGAUUAUCAAUUCAGUUCGUUUUCUUUGUACCUUUGAAGAGAAUCACAGUAUAGUAUUUAACAUCUUAUGGGAGAUGAUUGCAAGUUCUGAUGAAAUGUUGAAAAUCAGUGCUGCCAAUAUUCUGAAAGUCAUAGUACCAUAUAUUGACGAAAAGGUUGCCUCAGCUAAUGUUUUGCCUGCCCUUGUGACUCUUGGUUCUGACCAAAAUCUGAAUGUAAAAUAUGCCAGCAUUGAUGCAUUUGGUGCUGUAGCACAACAUUUUAAGAGUGAUGUGAUUGUCGACAAGAUACGUAUUCAGAUGGAUGCUUUUCUUGAAGAUGGAUCACAUGAGGCUACCAUUGCUGUGGUUCGUGCUCUUUUGGUAGCUGUGCCUCACACAACUGCUAGGCUCCGGGAUUAUCUAGUCUCCAAGAUUUUUCAGUUCACAUCAUCACCAUCCCUUUCAAGUGAUGUAACGAAGCGCAGAGACAGAGCCAAUGCCUGCUGUGAAGCAAUUCGUGCUCUUGAUGCAACAGAUCUUUCAGCAUCGACUGUCAGGGAUUUCCUACUCCCUGCAAUUCAGAAUCUACUGAAAGAUAUGGAUGCGCUCGAUCCAGCUCAUAAGGAAGCUCUCGAGAUCAUAUUCAAGGAAAGAUCAGGUGGAACAUUUGAUGCUUUUAGCAAGGUGAUGGGAGCUCAUUUGGGCCUUUCUUCAGUGAGCAGUUUCUUCAGCGACAGUGGGCUACUGGGGAAAAAGGAAACCGGAGAUUUGGGGACUCCGGUGCCGGUCACAAUUGAGAACACAAUUCCACAACCACCAGCCGAGGACACAAGAUUUAGACGGAUCAUGAGGGCCGGUUUCAGUGAUAUGCUUCGAGGGAGAACUAAGGGCAACGAUGAAGUUAAUCCCAGUGAAUGAGAGACACCUUCAUUUUUGUUUUUUGCUUGUUGUAUGAUGAUAGGAAAAGAAGGGUAUAUGCGUCCAUUCAUUUGUAAUUCUUUAUUUUUUACAUCACAACAUAAAAUUUAUUAAGGGGGGACUUGUGUCUCUUCCGACUUAAGGUAUCAA